AUGGCAGAAUUCUCCGAAUACGGCGGCGCAAGCGAUGAGCUCACCCAGCUUCUCGCGACGCUUCCAGCUCCACCUGAGCAGACUCUGGAAGAGCUCAAAAGGACUGUCAACGAGGGCCGAGAGAAUGCGGCUCGAGAAGAGAUGAAGGCUCUCGCCAGCCAAGUCCAUAUCAAGGAUCACUCCAUCCCGACUCGAGAUGGCUAUGCAUUGGAAGCACGGAGCUAUCGCUCAAUCUCUCGCGCGGCGGACAAGACUUUACCGAUCUACAUCCACUACCACGGCGGCGGCUUCCUCUUCGGUACUCUCUCCUCAGAAGAUGCCACUUGCUCCCGCAUCGCCGUAGAUGUUGAAGUCGUGGUCUUGAACGUCAACUACCGCCACACACCGGAGCACCUCUUCCCAACGCCAAUGCACGAUUCCGAAGAUGCAUACGACUGGGCCUUCUCCAGCGCUGCAGAAUUCCAUGGAGAUCCCAGCAGGAUUGUAAUCGGCGGGAUCUCAGCAGGUGGUCAACUCGCAGCAAGUCUCGCUCAGACGAAGCACCGCGAGAACGGACCUUCAUACAAAAGUCUGAAAGGACAGGUCCUGAUGAUUCCAUGCCUGGUGCAUCCAGACUGCUACGAGCCGGUGCGGAAGCAGAUGAAGUCGCCAGAGAUCUCAUCGUACAAGGAGAACGAGUUUGCCCCGAUCUUGCCAGUCAGUAGGAUGAAGAUGUUCACGAAGCUGCUCUUUUCCGAGAUACCAGCUUUGGACGACAGGAGAGCGAAUCCUGGAGGUGCUUCGCCAGAGGAUCUGAAGGGCCUGCCGCCUGCGACCUUUGGUAUUGCUGGUCUUGAUCCACUGCGGGAUGAGGCCAUUCUGUACGCGAAGCUGUUAACCGAGCAGGGUGUGCCGACGGAUGUGCAUUUGUUCAGAGGUGUGCCGCAUGGAUUUCGCAGGUUUGGGGAUAAGCUGGCUGCCAGCAAGCAUUGGGAUGAGGUUAUGCAUAAUGGUAUACGCUGGGCGUUGAGUCAGCCGAAGCCUGUGGAUGCCAUGAGUGUCAGAGUACAUGGAUAG